GAAUUUGAGGCGGACAUGUUCAACAACCAUCUCGGUAAUAUGGACGGGAUUGUGUGUGCAUCUAUUUUCCCUUCUGUAGUCCACAAUGAGCUCCUUGGUCUUGUUAGUGUUAAGGAGCAGGUUAUUGUCAGUGCACCACACAGCCAGGUGUCAACAUCCCUCUGUCAGCAGAGACUAAUGUACAUUUCUUUAAUAAUAAAAUAAGAUGAGCUGGCUCUAAUGCAGGAGGAUGAAGCUGUGAGACAAAUAUCCAGCCAAUUCACUCAAAACUUCAGUUCUCCAGGGGCACAGAUGGGUCCCAGAGGCUGAGUUAUGAGGGGGAAGUGGUGGUGCAGCAAAAAGGUAAGAUGUGGGAUGGAUUAGCUUAAGGGAAAAGCUUUCCUGGAUUUGUUGAAGUAUCUAAAUUUGGAAAUGUUGAUUCAAUCUGUCGUGAUGCAUGUGCCCUUGAACUUAUUUCUUUUCCUCAGGAGGACGAUCAACGUAGAAUAUUUUAAUACUAAGUGAAUAAACUUAUUUGACAAUAACCCAGGUUUUUAUAAGUGCUCUUCUGCAGUAGUAUUAAGUGAAUGACGUUUAUAAGCCCAUAGAGUUGACUGCUGGGCUCCUGUGACUGGCCUUCUCUUCCACCCAGAUGUCGCUGUGGGGAGCUGGACACCCUAGUUGAAGCAGUGCUGUGUGCGCGCUCCCUUUUACACCGCAUGCUCAGUGUUUUUCUGAGUUUGACCCUGGCUGCUGUAUAAAGUGCCCAUGCGUUCUUCACGCAGUCUCUUUCCCCGGCCACAAAACAGCCAUGAGUGUCUAACUCCCUGUUGGAAAAAGCUUAAAAUUAUAAAAUCUUAAAAAUAUAAAAUACAAACGUAAAAAAAUAGCAAAACCAUAACUUAAAAAACUAAAGCUUGAGCUUAACGCGAAGUUGGUGGCUUUAAAGGAAGAAAUCUAUUUCUAUAGCCAGGUUCUCAACGAGCUCUGGACCAGUUCACUGUCCGUUUCAGGUGCCAGUCGCAGCAGAGGAACCAGCAAACAGCCCAUAUCGUCAUUUUCUGGUUUUUCUAAGGGGAGGUGUUGUAGUUAUUUCUUUUUGUGAAGUCUGAGAUAUGAACACGGCGACGGGGAGUUACCCGAUGGCUUCUCUCUACGUGGGCGAUCUGCACCCCGAUAUCACGGAAGCGAUGCUCUACGAGAAAUUCAGCCCAGCCGGACCAGUGCUGUCCAUUCGGGUAUGCAGAGAUAUGAUCACCCGGCGAUCCCUGGGUUACGCUUAUGUGAACUUCUCCCAGCCUGCUGACGCUGAGAGAGCCCUGGACACAAUGAACUUUGACGUGGUGAAGGGGAAGCCAAUCAGGAUCAUGUGGUCCCAAAGAGAUCCGUCGCUGAGGAAGUCUGGAGUGGGCAACGUGUUCAUCAAGAACCUUGACAAGUCAAUUGACAACAAAGCCCUCUACGACACCUUCUCUGCCUUUGGCAACAUUCUCUCCUGCAAGGUGGUGUGUGAUGAAAAUGGCUCAAAGGGCUACGCAUUUGUGCAUUUUGAGACCCAGGAUGCUGCUGAUCGUGCCAUUGAGAAGAUGAACGGCAUGCUUCUGAAUGACCGCAAGGUGUUUGUGGGUCGUUUCAAAUCUCGCAAGGAGCGGGAGGCUGAGCUAGGUGCAAAAGCCAAGGAGUUUACCAAUGUCUACAUCAAGAACUUUGGGGAUGAUAUGGAUGACGAUCGACUGAAGGAGCUUUUUGACAAAUAUGGUAAAACACUCAGUGUAAAAGUAAUGACAGACCCCACUGGCAAAUCCAGGGGCUUUGGAUUUGUUAGUUAUGAAAAGCAUGAGGACGCUAACAAGGCUGUAGAGGACAUGAAUGGCACUGAACUCAAUGGUAAGACUGUGUUUGUGGGCCGGGCUCAGAAGAAGAUGGAGCGGCAGGCAGAGUUGAAGAGGAAGUUUGAGCUGCUGAAACAAGAAAGGAUCAGUCGUUAUCAGGGUGUUAAUCUUUACAUUAAGAACUUGGAUGACACCAUAGAUGAUGAGAAACUGCGUAAGGAGUUCUCUCCAUUUGGGUCCAUUACAAGUGCCAAGGUGAUGCUAGAAGAGGGUCGCUCCAAGGGAUUUGGCUUCGUCUGCUUCUCCUCCCCUGAAGAGGCCACCAAGGCAGUGACUGAGAUGAAUGGACGUAUUGUUGGCUCCAAACCCCUUUACGUGGCUCUCGCUCAGCGCAAAGAGGAGCGCAAAGCCCACCUCACCAACCAGUACAUGCAGCGUAUUGCUGGCAUGAGGGCGAUGCCGGCUAAUGCUAUCAUUAAUCAGUUCCAGCCCACCAGUGGCUACUUCAUGCCAGCUGUGCCACAGGCCCAGAAUAGGACUACAUACUAUGCACCCAAUCAACUGGCCCAAAUGCGACCCAACCCCCGGUGGCAGCAACAAGGUGGUAGAGGUCAAGGUGGUUUCCAGGGGAUACCCAGUUCACUGCGUCAACCAGGACCACGUGCCAACUUGAGACACAUGACCCCUAGUAGCAGCACUCAGGGUCCCCGAGCAGGUGGACAGUCCAUGGCUCCUCGUCCCUCAGUGGGAGUCCCCGGCCCUCGUGCCAUGCCUCCUUACAAAUAUGCCACAAGUGUCCGUAACCCCAACCCCCAGGUGGUGCAACCUAUUGCCUUACAGCAGGUAUUGGCUCAGCCAGCUGUGCACAUUCAGGGUCAGGAGCCGCUCACAGCUUCCAUGCUGGCUGCUGCGCCCCCUCAGGAGCAGAAACAGAUGCUAGGGGAGCGUCUCUUUCCACUGAUUCAGGCCAUGCAUGCCAACCUGGCAGGAAAGAUCACUGGCAUGCUACUGGAGAUUGAUAACUCUGAACUGCUACAUAUGCUAGAAUCUCAUGAAUCUCUGCGUUCCAAGGUGGAAGAAGCUGUGGCCGUGCUACAGGCACAUCAGGCAAAGAAGGACGCCACCCAGAAAGUUGGCAGCAUGGCGACUAGCGCUGCUGCUGCCACAUCCUGAGCCUGCUGUAUUUGACUGGGCACAUAAAACAUAACCAGGAAUGCAAAGAGACCCACUACACCUGCCCCAAACAUCACAGUCUUCUGAAGAAUUAUGUAAAAACAACCAAAAAAAAAGAAAAAAGAAAAUAUAAUAAAAUAUACUUGAACCUUUACUUUUAAACUGCAUAUAAAAAGCAAUAAUGCAAAUGAAUCUUGAAUGAAGGCCCUUCAUUUUGUGGCAAAGGAGAGAUACCUUGUUCUUUUUCUUUGACAGUUGUAUCUCUGAUGUGAAAUGGUGAACUAUCAUGUCAUCAUGGGUGUGUGGUAUUCUC